AUGGAAUUUUCAGAAAAGAAACUAGACGGGUCAGAAUCUCGGGCGAGGCCUCGAAAAGGUAGAGGCCAUAUGCGUUCAGCUCAAGCCAAGCGGGACGAUGACAUUAUGAAUACAAAUGAUAGCAGUAUCGUCUCGAAGCGAAGCGUCUCCAAGCUGUACUUUCCAGAUGAGCCUGAUUUCUAUGAACCAUUCGUACAAAAAUUCGUCCGGAGAAAUCCCCUUAUCAAUCGAGGCUACUGGCUGCGUAUGCACGCCAUUGAACAGGUGGUACUACGUUUCCUCAACGAAGACCCUCAUGUAACCAAAGUUGUUGUAAACUUGGGCUGUGGCUAUGAUCCGUUGCCGUUUCAGUUUUGGCAUCGGUACGCUUCCAGCUGCCAGAAUGCUACCUUCGUCGACGUAGACUAUCCUCAGCUGAUAGAGAGGAAGCGAGACCGUAUACUAAUGAAUGCUCUGACUCGGGAGGCGCUCUUGAAGAGUUCUGUACGCUCCUCCGGGGCUCCCAUUUAUCUGAGAAGCGAUAGGUACAUGGCAUUGGGUUGCGAUCUCAAAGACCUCAAGACUUUGGAAAGAGUUUUGAGGAGCGAAUUUGACAUGACCUCUACGGCAGUUAUCUUUGUUGCAGAGGUUUCAAUAACCUAUAUGCCCCUGGCCGAUGCUCAAUCGCUCAUUGAAUGGGCCAGGAGAUUCAGCAAUUCUCAGUUUUGCCUACUCGAGCAGUAUCUUCCACAAGGGCCUGACCACCCCUUCGCCCGUACGAUGCUCAAGCACUUCAACAAGCUGCAGACCCCUAUCCAAGCAGUCAGAGAUUACCCUUCUUUAGCUCUUCAACAGAGUCGAUUUACUCAGUAUGGCUGGAGCAUAUCCACUAUGCAGAGCCUUUGGGACCUGUGGUCAGACGAUACCUUCACAUCACCUGAGCUUCGCCGUCGCCUAGAUGCAGUGGAACCCUUCGAUGAAUGGGAGGAAUUCGCACUGUUUGCCGGCCAUUACUUCCUGCUGGUCGCUUCGAAUAAAAUCCCAGAAAGUUCAACAUGCGAAAAAGAGGCACGAAAACAACCUGAAGCUCAAGUUGAACCUGGCGACCUCGAGGUUUCGAACUCGACUGAGUCCAUCUUGCUGACAGCUGGCUCUGAUGUUACGGUGACACCACGUCGCCUCGCUGCAGCUUUUUCGCUUCGUCCGGAUACCAUAGGACUUCACGGGGGCCAGGGCGUCCAGCAUCGGUUAGCAAGCAUCGAUGUCUUGGGACAUGAGAAGCCGGAUCGCAGUGAUUCCGGCGCUGUUAUUCCGCCUCUCCCCUCGCCACAAGCGCGCAUCUGCCACACCAUCACCAGCAUCAAGAACAACACCGCACUAUUGGUGGGCGGUCGAACCUCUCCGUCACACGCACUUUCGGAAUGCUGGUAUCUCCAUGACCGAAAAUGGGAACUGGUCGAGGAAUUACACCCCGCUCGUUUCAGACAUGCUGCAGUCGGAGUGAACGUCUCUUUAUCUGGGCCCGAGACAGAGGGCGAGGUAGUGAGCGGCGUCUACAUCUUUGGUGGCAAGACAAGGGAGGGGCAUAUACUUGAUGACAGCGUCAUCUGGCUACCCAAUCAAGGCUGGCAGUCACUCCCAGUAGUCGGAAAUGUGCGUCCUACAGCGCGCUUCGGUGCUGCAAUAUGUACUCCAGGGGCGAAAAGUUGGGGGCUUCUCAUGGGCGGUAUGACAUCCGACGGCACGGUUCUAGACGACGUUUGGGAGUUUAGAAUCCUGGCGACACCGAGCCUGCAGAUACAGUUUACCGAUCGCACCAGAGACAUACGGCAUUCGACUCCAAGGCGAAAAGCGCAUGCGCGCUUUGGCGCUUCGCUGGUGCCAUUUGGGAACGACAUGCUCCUUGUAGGAGGUAUUGCCAGCAAAGAACUGCUUCCAUUAUCCGAGGACUUCUUGCUUGUUUCUGCCAUGGGUACGAAGAUCCACAUCGAAGCGCCAAAGCUCUCCGUCCCUAGGGAUACUUGGCCGUUACUCGUUGGGGCUGGUGUGAUUGCAGUAUCUGACGAUGAAGUUGUCAUUGCAGGUGGAGGCGCCGUGUGCUUCUCUAUGGGCAGCUUUUGGAACAGAGGUUAUAUCAGCAUAACGAAAGCGGGGAAUCAACAGCCUUCUCCAUGGUCUGUCCUCGCCAUAGAGGAUAUCCCUGCAAUGGUAGAGGGUUUUACGAAACCUUCAGUAAAACCGAAGACCCAAGGUAGACGACCUAAAAGCAAAGGCAAGGGCAAGAACAGUAAAGGAGAGAGUGUGGAUAGAGUCAAACCCACCACCAAGCCGAGAGAAACGACCGUUCAGAGAGUCCAAAUCCAGUCUGCAGAAGGGUUCUCCCGUCUAGUCAAGGAGUCCAAGCCAGCCAUAAUCGAGAAGCUCGACCUUGGCCCUUGCGUAAAUCUUUGGACUCUUCCCUAUCUAGAAGAGAAGCUCGGCGCAGACCGCGAAAUCGUCAUCCAUGACUCAAGCUCUCCUCGCAUGACAUUCGCCUCCAAGAAUUUCACGUAUGAGAAGACCACUGUCUCCGCCUUCCUCAAAGGCAUAGCCAAUGGUGCAAAGACAUACCUCCGCGCCGUAUCUGCCGCCCAACCGAACAAACUCCCCACAAAACUCGAAGAUGAUUUCCCUUCCAUCGCGCAGGACUUCCAACUCCCUAAGAUGCUCGCGGAGAUCAUCGGAGAUACUUAUCACAGCUCUCCACUCCGCGUCUCCGGCCCAGUGAGCCUCUGGCUCCACUACGAUGUCCUCGCAAACGUACUGUGUCAGAUUCAAGGGAACAAGACGCUACGCCUAUACCCGCCAUCAGACGUCCGAUAUCUGGGCUACCCUCCUGGCGGAUCCAGCUCCAACAUCGACGUCCUCGAUCCUUCUACAAAUGGAUUGCAGAACACGCAUCCGCACGUUGCACAUCUUCGAGCAGGAGACGUGCUGUUCAUUCCACCAAUGUGGUCACACACUGCAACUCCUGAGGAAGGGCACUCGGUUGCUGUCAAUGUGUUCUUCCGGGAUCUGGAGAAGGGCUAUGCAGCGGGGAAGGAUGUGUAUGGGAACAGGGACUUGCAAGCGUAUGAGACGGGGAGGAGGGAUGUAGAGAAGAUAGUGAGGGCGUUUAGAGAUGUACCGAGUGAUUUGGCAAAAUUCUACCUGGAGAGACUGGCGGGAGAGAUAUUGGAGAAGGCAGAAGCGUUGGGAAAGGGCAAGGAAUAG